AUGACCCAUGUAUUUAGAGAAUACAUAGGUGAUUUCGUUCAUGUAUACAUGGACGAUAUCUUCAUCUUCUCGAACUCGAAAGAUGAUCAUCAGAGGCAUAUAGGGCUCGUUCUGGACAAACUGCGCCAGAACCAGCUCUACCUCAUCGCAUCGAAAUGCGAUUUCUAUUCCAAGCGAAUGGAUUGUCUCGGUCACGUCAUAGACGAACGAGGAAUCCACGCCGACUCGGACAAAAUGUCCAAGGUCAGGAACUGGCCCACACCGAAAACCUACAAUGAGGUCCAACGGUUCCUAGGGCUAGUCCAAUACCUUUCGAGCUUUAUGCCUGACGUGUCAAUGUACUCGUCUGUGCUCUCGGGUAUGGUACGAAACGGGCGUGAAUUUCUUUGGCGACCCAUACACGACCAUUGUUUCCGUAUGAUACGUGAGAUGGCAUGUAAGUACCCUAUCCUCAAGCCCAUAGAUCCCAAGUCAAACGAGCCAAUAUGGGUCGUUUGCGACGCCUCCAUUUAUGGCGUCGGUGCUGUAUAUGGACAAGGAGAGGACUGGCAA